UGACCCGGCCCGAGUGCGGGCGCUGGAAGGCGGAAGUGGAGCGGAGUUGGGCGCCGCUGGUGUGGCCGCUGCAGUUCCACGGUGAUGACAUGGCAUCUGCCAGCUCCAGCCGGGCAGGAGUGGCCCUGCCUUUUGAGAAGUCCCAGCUCACCCUGAAAGUGGUGUCAGCAAAGCCCAAGGUGCACAACCGCCAGCCGAGAAUCAACUCCUAUGUGGAGGUGGCAGUAGACGGACUCCCCAGUGAGACCAAGAAGACUGGGAAGCGCAUCGGGAGCUCUGAGCUUCUCUGGAAUGAAAUCAUCGUUCUGAAUGUCACAGCCCAGAGUCAUUUAGAUCUGAAGGUCUGGAGCUGUCAUACCUUGAGAAAUGAACUACUGGGAACUGCUUCUGUCAACCUCUCCAGUGUCCUGAAGAACAAUGGCGGCAAAAUGGAGAACACACAACUGACCCUGAACCUGCAGACGGAGAACAAAGGCAGUGUUGUCUCCGGAGGAGAGCUGACAAUUUUCCUGGAUGGGCCAACUGUUGAUCUGGGAAGCAUGCCUAAUGGCAGUGCUGUGACAGACGGAUCACAGCCACCUUCAAGAGAAUCCAGUGGGACUGCUCUAGCUCCAGAGUCCCGGCACCAGCCCCCCAGUACAAACUGCUUUGGUGGCAGGUCCCGAACGCACAGACAUUCAGGUGGCUCAGCCAGAGCAACCACAACAACCGGUGACCAAAGCCCUGGUGCUAGGAACCGGCACCGCCAGCCUGUGAAGAACCCCAGCAACAGUGGCUUAGCCAAUGGCACAGUGAACGAGGAACCUACUACAGCCAGUGAUCCUGAAGAACCUUCUGCUGUUGGUGUGACAGCCCCACCUGCUGCAGCCUUGAAUGUGUCCCCAAACCCCAACACGACAUCCCUUCCUGCACCGUCCAUACCAGCUGAGGGAGAGGAGCCCAGCACUUCAGGGACACAGCAGCUUCCGGCCACUGCCCAAGCCCCUGAUGCUCUCCCUGCCGGAUGGGAGCAAAGAGAGCUGCCCAAUGGACGUGUCUAUUAUGUUGACCACAAUACCAAGACCACCACCUGGGAGCGGCCUCUUCCUCCAGGGUGGGAAAAACGCACAGACCCCCGAGGAAGGUUUUACUACGUCGAUCACAACACUCGGACAACCACCUGGCAGCGCCCAACUGCUGAGUACGUGCGCAGCUAUGAGCAGUGGCAGUCCCAGCGGAGUCAGCUCCAGGGGGCUAUGCAGCACUUCAGCCAAAGAUUCCUCUACCAGUCUUCAAGUGCUUCGUCUGACCAUGAUCCCCUGGGUCCCCUCCCGCCUGGCUGGGAGAAGAGGCAGGACAAUGGACGGGUGUAUUACGUGAACCACAACACACGCACUACCCAGUGGGAGGACCCACGGACCCAGGGGAUGAUUCAGGAGCCAGCCCUGCCCCCAGGAUGGGAGAUGAAAUACACCAGUGAGGGUGUGCGGUACUUUGUGGACCACAAUACCCGAACUACUACCUUUAAGGACCCUCGCCCAGGGUUCGAGUCAGGGACAAAACAAGGCUCACCUGGUGCCUACGACCGAAGUUUUCGGUGGAAGUAUCACCAGUUCCGGUUCCUCUGCCAUUCAAAUGCCCUCCCCAGCCACGUGAAGAUCAGUGUUUCCAGGCAGACGCUCUUUGAGGAUUCUUUCCAACAGAUUAUGAACAUGAAACCUUACGACCUGCGCCGCCGGCUCUACAUCAUCAUGCGUGGUGAGGAGGGCCUGGACUACGGUGGCAUCGCCAGAGAGUGGUUUUUCCUCCUGUCCCAUGAGGUGCUCAACCCUAUGUACUGUUUAUUUGAAUAUGCUGGGAAGAGCAACUACUGCCUGCAGAUCAACCCCGCCUCUUCCAUCAACCCUGACCACCUCACCUACUUCCGCUUUAUCGGCAGAUUCAUCGCCAUGGCUCUGUACCAUGGGAAGUUCAUCGACACAGGCUUCACCCUUCCUUUCUACAAGCGGAUGCUCAACAAGAGACCAACUCUGAAGGACCUAGAGUCUAUUGACCCUGAGUUUUACAACUCCAUUGUCUGGAUCAAAGAGAACAACCUAGAAGAGUGUGGCCUGGAGCUGUUCUUCAUCCAGGACAUGGAGAUCCUGGGCAAGGUGACAACCCAUGAGCUGAAGGAAGGUGGUGAGAGCAUCCGAGUUACAGAAGAGAACAAGGAAGAGUACAUCAUGUUGUUGACUGACUGGCGAUUCACCCGAGGUGUGGAAGAGCAGACCAAAGCCUUCCUGGAUGGCUUCAAUGAGGUGGCCCCUCUGGAGUGGUUGCGAUAUUUUGAUGAGAAAGAGCUGGAGCUGAUGCUCUGCGGCAUGCAGGAGAUAGACAUGAACGACUGGCAGAAGAACGCCAUCUACCGGCACUACACCAAAAGUAGCAAGCAGAUCCAGUGGUUCUGGCAGGUAGUGAAGGAGAUGGACAAUGAAAAGAGGAUCCGGCUACUGCAGUUUGUCACAGGAACCUGUCGCCUGCCUGUUGGGGGAUUUGCUGAACUCAUUGGGAGCAAUGGACCCCAGAAGUUCUGCAUUGACAGAGUUGGCAAGGAAACCUGGCUGCCCCGGAGCCAUACAUGUUUCAACCGUCUGGACCUGCCGCCCUACAAGAGCUAUGAACAACUGAAGGAGAAGCUGCUCUACGCCAUCGAGGAGACUGAGGGUUUUGGACAGGAGUAGCCGAGGCUGUCCCUCCCAUGCCCUCCAGCACAUGUAGUCCUGAGUCCUUCCUGCCUGAGAUGCCACUGGCUGCACAGCCCUCAGGAGGCCCCUUUGGAUAGCGGCCCUGUAUGGGACUGUGCUUUGAUCAUGUUGGUGACUGAAGAGUCUGGCCCCAAGAGGCUCUGUGGCCCCUUUCUCCUACCUGAUGAUGGCAGUCUGAAAUAAAGCCCCUAUCACCUUUGACUUCA